AUGUAGCAAAUCAAUUAGAUCGCUGAUCAUUUGUAUUUAAUACAAUAAGGCAACAACUCUUACAUACACCGACAGCUGGGAGAAUCAGAUACUGUGGUUAUAAAAUCUGUGUUCCAUGCUUAACUAUUUAUGGAAGAUGACAGUGCUUGUCACUCUGUUCAUUAGAGAGAAUGCCAAGAUCUCUAGAAUGAAUGGAAGAUACUCAGUUAGCUGAAUCAUCCAAACAUAAUCAAAACUUAAUAAUUUAUUCCCAAUCAUUAGCUUGACCCAGCAGGAGGGAACCUCUAAUGUUGCAGCUUAUUCCUUGAAAAUGCUUCCUGUGAUCUUCAUACUCUCUGCAAAUCAAAUGAAACAUCCUUCAAAAUUAUAAUCAAGUACUUUACUUAAAUUUCAAUUGCUGUCGAAUAUUUACAUUCCUAAUAUAUAGCACACAAUGACAUCAAAUUAGAGAACAUGCUCGUGAUCGACAGAAACGUUAUCAAAUUGGCUGACUUUGGAUUCAGCUACAGACCAUCCUACGAAGACUUGCUGUCCAAAUGGUUACCUAGAACUCUCACAUCAUAUUCCAGUCCUGAAAUUGUUAAUUUUAGGAUUAAUGUGGUUGAUGGAGAGUAUGACGAAUUCUGUUUAUUUGCCUCAGAUGUUUAUGCCUUAACCACUGCCCUAUUUCUGGCUGUUUUCCAACUGUGGAUGAUUUAGUAUUAUCAAUUAUUGAUCAACCAACCUGAUUUGUUUUGGCAAUUAGAUUUCAUUCAGAAAGUAGACUCUCAAUUAAUGAGAGAACACACUCCUAAAUAAUUACUUGAAAACCUCAAAGAUCUAAUUGAGGGCGGACUGGCUGAUGAAUAUAAUCGGAUUACUAUAUAGGAAUUUGUAAAUCAUGAAUUUUUCAAAUAUGCUAAACAAAUAGAAGGAGAAUAAAUUUGACAUCAUCAAUUAAUAGUAAAUACUCAAUCUAAUUAAUAUAUGA